UCCGGAAGUGACGCGUUAAUGUUAUUGUCUGAGACAGAUUGUUUCCUGUUGUGUGGGUUAUACAACCAGAGGGGACAUGUGAGGUAGAAUUGUGGGGAGAUGGCAAAGCGGAGGGGGUCUGAGGGUGCUGCGGUAGCGGGGAACAAGCAGAGAAACCGCCCGGCAAUAGACUCCCUGCAUGGUGAUGACGAAGAUAAAUUCUAUGAAGAGAAGAGACCCCCAGUUAAGAAGAGUAAAGAUUCCUGCGGUGACAGUCUGACGAAGCAAAGUUGUGUAGCCAAGAGACCGACUGUAAAUGAUGGGAAAACAGUUGGAAAACAAACACAAGAUCCACCAAAUUUGAAGAUCAAGACGCCUGUUAAAAAGUUUAGUGGCUCGAAGGAUGCAGAAGAGAGUGAAGAUGAGUGGGAGGAUGUGGAAGCAAACAAUCAACCACAGACUGGGAAAACUAAGAGGACAGGGUCUGAAAAUUCAAAAGCAGGAGUGAAGAAAGAAAGAAGGCUCUCAGUCAAGAGCAAUAUAAGAAAACGGUCCAGGCCUGGUGAUCUGGAUGCAGAUGGUGAAGACGGGUUUAAAGAAGAAAGUUCAGUUAAGAAAAGGAAACCCACAGUCCCAGGUGUAAAAGGCAAAACUAAAGCUGCUAAACCUGCAGGCAAUGCAUCCUGUGCAGGAAACCAGAAACCUCGAGCCAAGAAAUCAGCUGUUAGAGAACCAAAAACCCAAGAGACUGAGAUACUUGAUCUGCUGGCUCUGGAGAAAAAGACACCGAGAAAAGGUGCCACUGUUAAAGAAUCCAGUGAGUCGGAAGAGGCAGAGGAUAGCGAUGAAGAAUGGGAAGAUGUGGAAGAAUUGAACGGGUCAGUGCUAGAUGACCUCCAAGCCUCAACUUCAGCUGAUAUUCCUCUCCCCACACAGCCUGUUGAAAUAGAGAUUGAAACAGCAGAAGCCGCUAAGAAAAGACUUAGGAGAGAGAAGAGGAAGGAAGAGUUUGCUGCAUACCUGCGCAGGUUAAUGAAAAAGGUGCGGGAAGACACUCACAAGGUACACUUGCUUUGCCUGUUGGCAAAUGGCUUCUAUCGGAGCAACACUUGUAACUUGCCAGAUCUCCAGGCUGUUGCCCUGUCUGUGGUUCCUGUGAAAUUCACCAGUGUUCCUGCUGAUCGUGUAGAUGUGGUUUAUUUGACGAACUUGACGAAGUGGUUUCGUGGAACCUUUACUCUGAGCCAUGAGAUGUCUCUGGAUGAGUCUGAGUCAAUGUCAGCCACCCUGGAGAGAAGAUUUGGAGUCUAUGGUGUGAGAGAUGAAGCAGAGAUGGUCCAUGUAUUUCUCAUCCUCCUGCGCGCUUUGCAGCUUCUGAGCCGUCUGGUGCUGUCUCUGCAGCCCAUUCCUUUAAAGGACCCACCUGCAAAGACCAAACAACCACGAAAAGAAAAGUCCUCCACGAGGUCCAGUACUAAACCACAAACAGCCAAAGGCAAGUCCAAGAGUAAUAACAGGAAGCAGGUUAGGCAGAAGAAGGUAAAGCAAGAGGAUUCUUUGUCAGGGGAAAGUGAAGAAGAGGAAGAGUAUCCAGUGGAUUGCACUACAUCUGGGAGGGGAAAAGGCAAAACUACCAAGGGGAAAAAGGCUGUUAAGAGUGCAGAUAAAGAGGAGGCCUGCACAGGGGCCCGACCCAAAAAUCAGCUCAGGAGGAAGGCAGCAUCAAAAGUCACUUACAAAGAGGAGAGUGAGAGCUGUGGUCACAGUAGUGAUUCAGACUUUUGCCUUUCUGCCAGCCAGGACAGUGACUGUUCUGAGUGGGAGGAAGAACCCUUGGAUAGUAAAAGGAGAAGAUCAUCUGGGCCUGUAAAGGAGAUUAUUAAGAUGGAGAGGAAUACCAAUCCAGUUGCCAAAGAACAGCCUAGAGCUAAAAACCCAACCGAUUCUCUUAGCAGCACACAGCCAAAGAGAAGAGGCAAAAUCAUCUCCACUGACGAGUCAGAAAUGGACGAUGAGGGCACAAUGGAGAAAGCUUCUGUUGUGUCCCCUAUUGUUUGUGACCAAUGGGUAGAAGUUUAUUUAGAAAGUGAGAGGAAGUGGCUGUGUGUAGACUGUGUGCAUUGGACUGUAGGGAAACCUCAAAUGUGCUUUAAUACUGCCACCAAGCCAGUCACUUACGUGGUGGGGAUUGACAAUGCUGGGUGUGUAAAGGAUGUGACACGCAGGUAUGAUGUUGAUUGGAUGACAAGCACACGGAAACGUCGCGUGGAACCUGACUGGUGGGAAGAGACACUGAUGCCCUAUAAGAACCCCGAUGCUGACCGCGAGGACAGAGAGGAAGUCGAGCUUGAAUUUAAGCUACUUGAUCAGCCUCUGCCAACAUCCAUCACCGGAUACAAGGAUCAUCCACUGUAUGUGCUGAAGAGGCAUCUGCUGAAAUAUGAGGCUAUUUAUCCAGAGACUGCUGCCAUCUUGGGCUAUUGCCGAGGGGAAGCCGUCUAUUCCAGAUCCUGUGUUCAUACCCUGCACUCAAGUGACACUUGGCUGAAAGAAGCCCGAGUUGUAAGGUUGGCAGAAGUGCCCUACAAGAUGGUAAAAGGAUACUCGAAUCGUGCGAGGAAAGCGCGUAGUAGUGAUCCACAGAAGAAGGACCAUAAUGACCUGGGUCUGUAUGGCCUUUGGCAGACUGAGGAAUAUCAGCCCCCGCUUGCAGUUGAUGGGAAGGUUCCACGCAAUGAAUACGGGAAUGUGUAUUUGUUCCAACCCUGCAUGUUGCCGAUUGGCUGUGCCCAUUUACGUGUCCCCAACCUGCACAGAGUAGCCAGGAAGCUGGACAUUGACUGCGUCAAAGCCAUCACGGGAUUUGACUUUCAUGGUGGCUACUCACACCCUGUAAAUGACGGUUAUGUAGUCUGCGAAGAACACAAGGACAUCCUUCUCGCUGCUUGGGAAAACGAACAGGCGGAUAUAGAGCAAAAGCAAAAAGAGAAACGUGAGAAACGAGCUCUGGGCAACUGGAAGCUGCUGGUAAAAGGACUUCUGAUCCGAGAGAGACUGAAAGCGCGUUAUGGCAACAAGGACACAGAACUGCCUGGCUUAUCCACUGGAACAAAUGAUUUCUCUUCAGAUGAAGAGGAGAAACCAAAGACAGAGACCCCUGCUCAGGACAUGGCUGUCUCCUGGCCACAGAAUCGCCAGGCUGAACACACACAAGCAGAGAAAACACAGAGGAAGAGCAAGAAGCAGAAGAAAGGGGAAGAGAAUCACUUAUUUCCCUUUGAAAAGCUUUGAUAUUAAAGCAAUGUGGUUUGGGACCAAGAUGCCUUAAUCUCCCCGUUCUGCAAUAUUCCUUAAUAUGAUGACAUCUGCAGGGGAUUCUGGGACCUUGAAAGCCAAGAGCAUUUCCAGAUAAACACAGCAAUGUUUCUUACAACGUGUUUUGUAAUUUUUCAUUCCAGAAAAAUACAAUUUUGUAGAUACAAAUGUG